AUGAACUACGACUACUCUCUCGAGGCAUCCUUCCAGUCCGCUAGACGCUCCUCCUCCAUCCCCGAAGACGGUUCGGCCUUAUCGCCAUCUCUGUCCGAGGGAACUCGGAGCAGCGGCUCCUUUAUCGAUCUUGACGAUAUCACCAAGGAGUUCCAGCGUUACCAGAGAAUGUUGUCGUCGGCAUCGUCUGCUACCGAAAGGCAGAUCGGACUUCGCGAGAUUCUCGACUCCGCUCGCGCAGAUCCGGGCAUUAGAUGCUCUUCCACCCCCAGGCUGUCUCAAGUUCACUUGCCUCCCACCUCGGAGUCCAUCAUCAAAGACCACGCCCGGCAGAUGGAGAGAAGAUGCAGCGUCUAG